AUGAUGGAUUGGCUCUGGAUCUUCUUCCUCCAUCCCGUAUCAUUUUAUCAAGGGGCUGCUUUCCCCUUUGCACUUCUGUUUAAUUAUCUCCGCACCGUGGAUUCCUUUUCCACCCGGGCCAGGUACCUCUUUCUCCUGGCUGGAGGAGGUGUCCUGGCCUUGGCCGCCAUGGGUCCCUAUGCUUUGCUCGUCGUCACCCCUGCUCUCUGCGCCGUGGCUCUGGUCUGCUCACUCGGUCCGCGGGAAGUCCAUAGGCUGACCUUUGGCUUUCAGAUGGGCUGGCAGACCCUGUGCCACCUGGGUCUUCACUACACCGAAUACUACCUACAAGAGCCUCCGCCUGUGGGAUUCUACGUCGCUCUUUCUUCCCUCAUGCUCUUGACGCAGAGAGUCACGUCGCUCUCACUGGACAUUCAUGAGGGGAAGGUGGAGGCAGCCUCGGGCGGCUCGGGGAACAGAAGUUCUUUGUCUGAGUGCCUACGUAAGGCUCUGCCCUACUUCAGCUACUUGCUCUUUUUCCCUGCCCUCCUGGGAGGCCCCCUGUGUUCCUUUCAGAGGUUUCAGGCUUGCGUUGAAAGAUCAAGCCCUUUGCAGCCCAGUGUCUCCUUGCGGGCUCUGACCUGGAGGGGUCUGCAGAUCGUCGCGCUGCAGUGGCUCAAGGUGGCGCUGAGGACGGUGGUGAGCGCAGGAGCCGGGCUGGACGACUGCCAGCAGCUGGAGUGUGUCUACGUCAUGUGGUCCACAGCCGGGCUCUUCAAACUCACCUACUACUCGCACUGGAUCCUGGACGACUCUCUCCUCCAUGCGGCGGGCUUUGGGUCUGAGGCUGGCCAGAGGUCUGGGGAGGAGGAGGGAUACAUCCCCGACGGGGACAUGUGGACCCUGGAAACUACCCACAGGAUCUCCCUGUUCGCGAGGCAGUGGAACCGGAGCACGGCUCGGUGGCUCAGGCGGCUCAUCUUCCAGAACAGCCGGCGCUGGCCGGUGCUGCAGACUUUUGCCUUCUCCGCCUGGUGGCAUGGGCUCCACCCGGGACAAGUGUUUGGUUUCCUAUGCUGGUCUGUGAUGGUGGAAGCCGAUUAUGCGAUUCACACUUUUGCCAGUGUGUGGAUCAGCUCCUGGUCCCUGCGGCUGCUCUAUAGAGCCCUCACUUGGGCCCACACCCAGCUCCUCAUCGCCUACAUAAUGCUGGCCGUGGAGGGCCGGAGCCUUGCCUCUCUCAGCCGGCUGUGCUGUUCUUACAACAGUAUCUUCCCUGGGGUGUACUGUGUUCUGCUUUUUCUAUUAGUGAAGAGAAAACAGAAACGUAACUGAAAUCUUUUCCCCCGCCUUCCAUCUCAUUCAGCCAUGAAACAGAGCUUAGAAAACACCAGAGGAUGCCUAGAUGAUUAAUGUACUUCAAUUUUUUUCAAGAUAAAAGUUUUUAAGUAUUGGAUGGAUAAAUGUGAUGGCUGGCCACAGAAAUGUACUUGCUGACUGUGGUGGUUUGAAUAAGAAUGGCUCACAUAGGUUCAAAGGGAAAUGCUUAGGGAGCGGCACUAUUUGAAAGGAUUAGGAGGUGUGGUCUUGUUGGAGGAAGUGUGUCACCAGGGGUGGGCUUUGAGGUUUCAAAAGCCCAGGCCAGGCUAAAGCUCUCUGCCACUUGCCUUAGAUCAGGAUGUAGGCCUCUCAGCUCCUCCUCCAGCACCGUGUCUGCCUGCACGCUGCCAUGCUUUCUGCCUUGAUAAUGGACUAACCCUCUGAACUGUAAG